AUCACGUGACCCCGCACUCCCACUUCCUUAAACCUCAGUGUGUCCGGUUCCACACGCCCGGACCGAGUCGAACAGAAGUCGCGGUUCGGGGAAGCAGCAGGACCACAGGUUAAAGAGCCAGGCUGGACCGAAUGUCAGGACCGAGCAGAGGAGCCGGAGCCGCGGGGCCCCGGCGCGGUGGAGGCCCCGCACUGCCCGCAGCGCUGCUCGCGCUGCUGCUCACCUGCUGCGUCAGGUGCGCGGCCAGCGCCACGAGCAACAUCAUCCUGGUGCUCGUCGACGAUCAGGACGUUCAGCUGGGGGGGAUGAUACCUAUGAAGAAAACAAAAGAAACUAUAGGAGAUGCAGGAGCAACAUUUCUGAAUGCUUUUACCAUCACGCCACUGUGCUGCCCCAGCAGGAGCAGUAUUUUGACGGGUCGGUACCCCCACAACCACGAGGUGAGAAACAACUCCCUGUCAGGGAACUGCUCCAGCCUUCUGUGGCAGAAAGGCCCUGAAGCAGAGGCUUUCCCCGUCUACCUCAGCAAGCAGAACUACCAGACGUUCUUUGCCGGGAAGUAUCUGAAUCAGUACGGUAACAAGGAUGCAGGAGACGUCAGUCAUGUUCCACCUGGCUGGGAUCAGUGGAAUGCACUGGUGGGAAACUCCCAGUACUACAACUACACACUUUCAGUGAACGGGAAAGCAGAACAGCACAAUGACAGUUAUGAGAAGGACUACCUGACGGACCUCAUUCUGAACCGCUCGCUCAGCUUCUUGGACGAGCGGAGUCCUCAGCACCCGUUCUUCAUGAUGCUGGCACCUCCAGCCCCUCAUUCCCCGUGGACGGCAGCACCUCAGUACCAGGACAAAUACAACAAUGUUCAGGCACCUCGAGACGGCAGCUUUGACAAACCAGGGAAGGACAAACACUGGCUGCUGCGUCAGACCGUUAACCCCAUGCCCAAUAGCUCCGUCGUCUUCUUGGAUAAUGCUUACAGAAGAAGGUGGCAGUCGCUGUUAUCUGUGGACGACAUGGUGGAGACGCUGGUGAAGAAACUUGGGAGCAUUAACGAGCUGGACAACACGUACAUCUUCUACACGUCAGACAACGGCUAUCACACAGGUCAGUUUUCUCUCCCCAUUGAUAAGAGGCAGCUGUACGAGUUUGACAUCAGGAUCCCGCUCCUGGUCCGAGGUCCAGGCAUCAAACCGAACCAGACGUUGAAGGCUCCGGUGCUGAACAUCGACCUUGGUCCCACCAUAUUGGACAUAUCUGGUGUCAACCUGUCCACUGUCAAUAUGGAUGGACAGUCUUUCCUCUUUCAGAUGGCUCCUUCACUGCGGAAUGGCACAGCAAGGCCAUAUUUCCUCGUUGAGUACACUGGAGAGGGAAAUCCAGUAUCGGACCCCUACUGUCCAAAACUGGGAUCUGGAGUAUCUCAAUGUUUUCCAGACUGUGUGUGUGAGGAUGCCUACAACAACACAUACGCCUGCGUCAGGACUCUGGACAAAGAUCAGAACCUGCAGUACUGCGAGUUUGCAGACAGUGAGUCUUUUGUAGAGAUGUACAACAUGUCAUCAGACCCAUACCAACUAGAAAACAUUGUGAAGAAGGUGGAACCGUCCAUCUUGCAGAUGAUGAACCAGCGGCUCAUAAAGCUUCAGUCCUGUGUGAACAGCAGCUGCCGGAACUACAUCUGAGCAGCUGCUGCCUCCUUACAAUGUGACUGUCAGUUUGCAAGCACCAAGACGUUUAGACUUGUUUUAAAAGGGAAUAAACACACAUUUAGUAAAAGACGUUGUGGCUGAGUUCCACUUAGUUGUUUGAUUUUAGGCUCCAAGUAUUGUGCAAAAUGAAAAGGUUGUUUUCUGUAUUCAGAAACAUCUUCAUUAUAAUGUAAAAGUCGAGCUUACGUAAAAAAAAAAAACAUUCCUUUUGUUCGUGGAGCACAUUAGCUUAGUCUGAAAACCAGGAAGUGAAAUCAUUAGCUUCGUGAGGAUAAAAUGAAAUAAGUGUGUUGGUUAUUUUGCACAGAAGCAGUAACAUACAGAGGAUGAAUCAAACUAAAGAGCCUUUAGUUGGUUUUACAUUCAGUCACAAAAACAUUUAGCUUCAACUUUUCCCCUUUUUGACAAGUCAAAAUGUCCGCUGCCUGUCUGAGAUGUGCGCGUUCAUCUCAUACUUUUGAGUUUAAAAUAUUUUCAGUUA